CCGAGAGCGGACUCGUUCAGUCAUCGGGGUUUCAUUUGCUUCAACUGGUUUUUCUUUUCGUUUUACGCGCUCCCAGCUUUCACUGUAGGGAAUGUAAAUAUUUCAUCAUUCCUCCUCACUACCAAAAGAAAAACACACACACGAAAAAACCUGUGGCGCUUUUUUUUUCGGGAUUAUUUCGUGCCAAAACAUACAGAACAAACGAGUGUGUUUCUCCUGAUUAUUUAGGCCGCGGAUUAUCCCGUCUUUCGUUUCAUCUACGCACGGCACACACACACACACAAAGAAUUCAAACGUAAAUUCCUUGAAUUCCAUUCGAACGCAGGUGUUUGAAAUUGACACUCAUCCAACGGGAGGAAGUGGCCACGAAAAGGAGACGGGAAUUCAUCACCGUUUUAUUUUUUCACGAGACGAGAUCCGGUUUGAAGCACAACAGAAGGCGGAAGUGCAAGUUCAAUACCAUAAUCAGCCAUGCCGACAUCGUCUUAGAAGCGAACGAGCCAAACAAAAAACAAUUAAACUAGCCAGAGAGAGUCAAAAUCUUUUCCGAGGUGAACGUCCCAUCGCGCUCAGGUCUAACGGUUUUCGACGAAUUUCUCUGUUUUUUUUCGUUGUCUUCUUCUUUCCUCCAGCCGUCUUCGGUGGGAAAUCUUUCACCAUAUCGGAUUCUCGUCAAAUCGUGUAGAGCUUGCGCAACUUGUUCUACGAGAAAGAGAAAGAAGAGGAAAGAAACAGCAAACAAACGGAGAGAUAGUUUUGUCGCACAUCUCAGUCAACGCACCGGCCGGAUCGAGGACGAGACCUACCAAUUCACACCGAUUUACCUUCUGCCACGCGUCUGGAAAACACAAAACCAAACGAGUGCUAAUUCGAGACGAACGGAAUGCGGUCGACUUAGAGUGUCGUUCACCAAGAUGAUUGCUUUCUUCUGGCUGUGGCUUCUUCUAGCUGCUUCACCUUUGCUGGCUAAAUCUAUAGCACCGACAAGCUACCAAGAAGAUGUGCUGGAGGUGGAUCAGCCGUUGGCCAGCGGCCGAUCGUCGUCACUGCCCGAAAGGUUCUUGCAGAUAGCCCACAAGAACUGCCAAGGUCCCGAACGCCAACCGGGCAUUUGCAUGUUCAACUUCGAAUGUCAACAGCAGCGAGGCAAGGUCGUAGGCGCUUGUCUCGAUGGAUUCUUAUUCGGCGCUUGCUGUCACUUGUCGGCCGAUCAUUCGAUGAAUGCCGCCGUCGUCUCCGCUUUGCAGGCCGUCGGUGCACCCACCGUCGUCGAUGGACCGGCUCAUUCUUCGGCGAACGAAGGGGAUGUUGACUCGGAGGUCUCUGGCCAUCCUGAGCCGUCUAACGUAACGUCCGACUUGAUUGGCUACGGCAGUUUGCGCGUUCCCGCUGCGAUUGGUGGACACGACGUCGCCGACGAUGCGAACAAAGACGCAUCUACACCUGUGCUGCCCCUCGUGCUCAUGUUCAAAAACGACUCUGUCGCGGCCGUGGCGACCUCUGGCGAAACGCAAAAGGAAGGCGAGGGCGAUUUAGAGUCGACGGCCACUAGCCAGAACAAUAAAGCGUCCCAACUGUGGACCAGUGAUGUCAGCUUGCCCAUAACGGCACUUGCAGACAACCAGAUUGCGCUCUCUUCGCAAGACAAUCCGACUACAGCCGGUUCGCUUUUAGCGGACCAGCCGGUGCAGCAAGUCGUUCUGCAACCGACCGCUUCGCUGCAGAUCGAUGCGCAAUCAUCGAAGCCGCCCGCGGACGAACCGCCUACGCCUACGCCCGCCACCAACCGCGUGCCCGUGCGCGUCAAAGGUCAAUCGAACAAGAGGCCGCGACCUAAACCGUCCACGGCUUCGACUAAAAAUGUUGAAACGACGUCGACUACGGCGCCAUCUGUGGAAAACGUGGUGACCACCACGUCGGUCGAAGUUGGUAACGUUGCGGUCACGGAAUCGCUGGCCGAUCAACAGGCCAACGUGCUCCAGUUUCUCGUCAGCAAUCCGCCCGCUUGGGUUUUGGAUGAAAUCAUCAACGGCUCGACUUUAACCACCUGGUAUCCUCUACCCAUCGCCGAAAGUGGAAGUAUGAUUGAUCUUGGGACGGACGUCGCGGCUCCUUCCGUUUCCGCAUCACCUGGGAUCCGACCGCUAAAGAGGAAGCCGGUGAAGAACCGACCGCAGUCGACAAGCAAAAUCAGCCCUACAACGGCACCGACCGUCAGCCAGAUGGAAGACGACAACGACGACGGGGAUGACGGUGAAAUCAGUGAAUCGGUUACAACGGUAGCGUCCAUAACAACAACGACCGAUCCACCAGCAACAUCGACCGUGACCACUAGGAAACGAAAGCCGGUUUUCGAUUACGUCAAGGAUUGCGGAGUGCGGCCGAUGGCGCCAGAGGCUCGCAUCGUGGGCGGUAGGCGUUCGGAUUACGGCCGUUGGCCGUGGCAAGUGCUGAUUCGCGAAUCCACCUGGUUUGGAAUCUUUUCGAAAAACAAGUGCGGCGGAGUGUUGAUAUCCGAUCGGCACGUCCUCACCGCUGCUCAUUGCCAACCCGGGUUUCUUGGAUCGCUGUUGGUGGUGUUGGGAGAGUUCGAUUUGACCGGUCAUUCGGAGCCGAACACGCCGAUGGAGAAGAACGUGAAACGAGUGGUCGUUCAUCGCGACUACGUCGAGCGAACGUUCGAAAACGAUUUGGCCAUAUUGGAACUCGAUUCGCCCGUUGAGUUCAAGCCGUACAUUGUUCCUAUUUGUUUACCUUCAACUUCCGAUGGCGACUUUGUCGGCAAAAAGGCUGAGGUCACUGGCUGGGGCAAAUUAAGCCACAACGGCCCUACUCCCGGCGUGUUGUACGAGGUUGACGUGCCGAUCAUAAGCAACCCGGAGUGUCACGACAUGUUCAAAAAAGCUGGUCAUGAAAAACGCAUUUUAGAUAGCUUCGUCUGUGCUGGUUACAGUGAAGGCAAAAAGGAUUCGUGCGAGGGCGACAGCGGCGGACCGCUCAUGUACGAACGGGACGACGGACGAUGGUCGCUGGUCGGAACGGUCUCUCACGGCAUCCGAUGCGCCUAUCCCAACAUGCCCGGAGUCUACAUGCGCAUGACGUACUACCGGCCGUGGAUCGAGCGCGUGACGGGCAUCGGCGGCACCCAGCUGGGCCGGUGAAUACACGUCCAUCCUCGUCUUAGCCGAACGCAGCGAGGAAUAAGCUGUGAUUGUUAGAUGAAACCUGACUAAGAGAUUCCCGUCUUCUACGUCUAUACAAAUUUAAAAACAAAAAUAAAUCCACCAAGUUCAUUCAGCAGUUCAAAAUGGAAAAAAAAGGAGGAACAAGCUGAGAUGAAACGUGGCCCCCUCUUACAUUUGUAAAUAAAACUUGAAUUGACAUGUUGCCGGGCAUUUGUACUAUGUACAGCCUGUUCCGGUCCCAUUCGUUUUAGUUGCACCUUUUUCAAUGGCACAUUUAAAAG